AUGCUAUCAUUUAUCGUACCGGAGAUCAUAGUGUUGUUCGCAGCGGACGGCCACAAAUGGGACCGUUAUCUCAGCGAAGAAUUCGCGCAAAUGAUUGAAUUCCCGUUGAAUAUACACCACAAACACGUGGAGCACAUGGACGAGGACUUCGAGGAGUUCCUGCAGUCGAUGCCUAAAUUCAAUGCAUUUAUACUACUAUUGAGUCGCGACUUCUUGAACACUAUGUAUGUGUUGUCGGAAAAGAUGUAUUCAUUGACCAAAUGUAUGAAUCCCUCGAAAUGUUUGCUUUUGUUUUGCAAUUGUUUGGAGUCGGAUGUCAAUGAUAUCCAUAAGAGUCUGCUGUACGGCUACCGGCGCUGUCAUAGGGUGGUGGCCACGCAUAAUGAUGUGAAACAGUUUAUGAUAAAUACGGUGAAGUGUUUGUCAAAUAUACUCGAGUUUCAUAAGUAUAAAGACAAUCGGAUGUUGAAAGUGUCGACUAAAAAGUAUAAUAAUUUUAUAUCAAUUGCACCACAGUUUGAGUUGUCCACUGAUAUUAUUUAUGAGACAAAAGACAGGAUUUAUAUACUGUUGGACUCAGCCAUCAGUGAAACACAGAGAAUACACGUGUCUAUUGGUGUCACAAAUGAUAUACUCAUUGUUCACUACAAGAAUCCAUUUACACUGUAUUUCACUAUACCUGACAAUAAGUCACAAAUAUUUAGCACACAAUCGCUGGACAGAAAAGAGUUUGAGAGAAAGUACGGUCUCUAUGACAUACCCCGAUCGGCAUCCCUUUCCCAUAUCUAUUAUAAUGAGCGACAGUCCUGGUACUCGCACUGGUACGUCACGUUGAGAUGCAGUACGACCUUUACGAUUACCAGUGGGCGUGGUUUGUGUAAUAUUAGUAUAUGUGAUAACUUGUGUGGGCGUGACUUCGGACUCAUUAAAAACUUCAACGUUUACUAUAGGCGUGGUUUGCCCUUCAAAUGGGCUAUCAUUUGUAGGCGGGGUUUCCGUUUGCGUAGUUUCAAUAGGAGGCAUGGCUAUGGAGUCGCAUUGCUUGAUAUCCGGGUCAUCGGUAAUAAUAAACGAGUUAUGGAUUGGGGGCGUGGCUUCCGGUUCAUCGAUAAUAAUACACGAGUCGUCGCUAUCACUGGUCAGACACGACAUACUCUCUGGACAUAUGGUAUCCGAUGUGUCAAUAAGAGGUGA